GGACCGAGGCUUCCGCGACGAGAUAGGGAGAACGAACGCGAGCGGUACUGUCGCCUGAUGCUCAUACUUUUCAAGCCGUGGAGGAAUGCUUCCGAACUGUUAGGGGACGCGCUGAAUUGGGACGACGCGUAUGAGGCACACGCAGUCGAACAUACCGACGAACAUAAACGUAUUAUACGCAAUAUGCAGUUGUUGCACGAGUGCCGGGACAGCCGCAACGAC